UCAAUACCCACACAAGGCUUCUCUCUCGCUCGCUCUGUAUCUCUGUGUGGAUCUCUGAAGCUUCUGUUAAUGGAGAUGGGCGAAGGUCUUACCAGACAACAAAUGGAUCAGCUUCAAGAAGUUUUUCAUCUAUUUGACAGAAACGGAGAUGGUUGCAUAACCCUUGACGAACUAAGAACAGAGAUCCAAAAAUUCGAUUACAAUCUCACAGAAGAAGAACUCAAGGACAUGAUUAACGAAGUCGAUGCUGAUGGAAACGGAACCAUUGAAUUCGGGGAGCUCCGAAAUUUGAUGUCCAAAACCUUCAAGGAAGAAACAGAGGAGAAACUCGAAGAAGCCUUCAAACUGUUCGACGAAAAUCAAGAUGGAUAUAUAUCAGCAAACGAGCUGAGCAGUGUUCUUCGGAUGCUUAAUUUGGGGGAGAGGUUAACAUACGAGGAGAUUCAGCAAAUGAUCAAUGAUGCUGAUUUGGAUGGAGAUGGGCAUGUUGAUUACCAUGAGUUCGUCAACAUGAUGACGGAGUAUUGGAAAAAAGCUGAUGAUGAAUCAGAAAUCCUACCAUAAACAAGCUUAGUUUAAUGAGAUUCAUAAGAAUCAAAGUGUUUGAGUCAAAUAAUUUGUAGUUUAAUCUUUUACAAGAUAACCCU